CAAGACAAGAUCUCCAUAUUUGCCUCCUGUAAAAAAAUUCAAAAGCAAAACCCUAGAAACAAAACUAGAUCCAAACAAUUUUCAAUUAAAUUUCAUCUCCACAAACCAAAGUUUUCCACAUUUUUCUUCAAUCUAGGUGCCCUUUUUUAGUUCCCAGUUUUGUAAUGGAAUGGUCUGUAUCAUCUGCUACCAAUGCUUAUCUUGAUACCCUCAAACUGUGCAACGAUGAGAAGAGACGGCAAAACUCAUGGAAGACGCCGGAGCUGGAGAGCAAUGAGUUCAUAUCAGCCCUAGCAGCAGGCAUGAAAGCAAAGCUUAUAGUUGAGGUAACCUCUGGGGUGUCUCCAUCAACCAUAGCCCUAGCAGCGGCGGCCAGACAAACCGGAGGCCGGUUGGUCUGUAUUCUCCCUGAGCGAGUCCUGGACGAAUCCACCAAAGUGAUCAAAGACUCGGGCCUCAGAGACAUGGUGGAGUUCAAAACCGGCGACCCCUAUGAGCUGUUGCCCAGCUAUGAAAAGAUAGACUUCUCUUUCGUCGACUGCAAGACCGAAAACUAUUCAAGGUUGGUGAAUGUACUGGAUGUUAACCCUAGAAGAUCAGUGGUGGUGGCAAACAAUCUGGUGGGAGGGAAAAAAGGGUUGGGAGGCCAUGUAAAAGGGCUGAAGGAUAAGGUUGAAGUGAGGUCCAUUGGAAAAGGCAUGGAGGUGACAAUGAUAGGGAGAAGCGACGACACCGAUCAGAAGAGCGAUUGCAGUGGAAGAGGUGGAGACGGAGGCCAUUCUCAGGGUAAAAGAAGAGGGGCCAAAAGCAAAUGGAUUGUGAAGGUUGAUGAAGAGAGUGGAGAAGAACAUUUUUUUAGGAUGCCCAGGUCUCUUUAGAGCUUCUUCCACAAGAAACUUCGUCCAUGGCAGCAACGCGGAGGUGAAAUAAACGCAUUGGCACUUUCAGAUACAAUCUAUAACAAGGUCAUACCCUGAAAAACCAAUUUGUUCUAGUAUACCAAUUUGUCGGGUUUUUUUCGGGUUUUCAGUGAAUCAAGUGACAGGAAGAACAAGGAGGGAUCAAUGUCACCCCUGCAGCUAAACAUCAACCAGAUUUAUCUAUUGAAGUACUAUUAAACAAGGCCCACUGUCUACUAUAUAUAUUGGUAUAUUAUCUUCCUAAGGUAUAGAAAUAAAACAAAUAGUAAUAUCUCUUACUGCA